AUGCAUUCUCUUUCUCAACACAACAACCCUCAGUUGCAACAAUACCUACAGAUACAACAGGCGCAACAAGCAGCCGCUUCAGCGCUAGCUGCUCCAAAUCACCUGAACUUGAGUCUUCCAGGUGCCUCACUUUCUAAUCAUCUUCAUGCCUCAGCAACUAUACACGGGUUACCGAUGGGUGGAGAUCCGUGGGCGAACGCAACUGUUAUUGAAUUAACAAAUCCGGUUGAACGAGAACGAGCCUUGCUUGAGUUGAGCAAAAAGCGAGAACAGUAUGAAGAUUUGGCGUUAAUACUUUGGCAUUCUUUUGGGGUGAUGGCUGCAUUACUCCAAGAGAUUGUGUCGGUAUAUCCGAUGCUGUCACCGCCCAACUUGACAGCUCAUCUUUCAAAUCGGGUUUGUAAUGCCUUGGCUUUGCUGCAGUGUGUUGCUAGUCAUAUCGAAACGCGUGAAUUGUUUCUUAACGCACACAUUCCUUUGUUUCUCUACCCUUUUCUUAAUACUACGAGUAAAACCAGGCCUUUUGAGUAUUUAAGACUAACAAGUCUCGGUGUUAUCGGUGCAUUAGUGAAGAAUGAUAACACUGAUGUCAUUCAAUUCUUGUUAUCCACCGAGAUUAUACCACUUUGCCUUCGUAUCAUGGAAACUGGAAGUGAACUAUCAAAAACUGUGGCAAUCUUUAUCGUUCAAAAGAUCCUAUUGGAUGAAACAGGUUUGGCAUAUAUCUGUCAGACUUAUGAACGAUUUUAUGCCGUGGGCACAGUGCUAAGCAAUAUGGUUAAUCAAUUGGUCGAGACUCAGGCUGUUCGUUUGUUGAAACAUGUUGUUCGUUGUUAUGUGAGGUUAUCAGAAAAUCCCAGAGCCAGAGAAGCAUUACGUCAAUGUUUACCAGAACCUCUUCGUGAUGCUACCUUCUCUGUGGUGUUGAAGGAUGACGUAAACACUAAGCGUUAUUUGGCGCAACUUUUGGUUAAUUUGUCAGAUAACGUGGUGACAACCAAUUGA